GGGCUGCGAAGCGGGCAAUUUCAGUGUGAGAAGGAGCGGCGAGACCGAGCGGCGGCUCCGAGCGCGGCGCGGCGGCUCCUCCCGCCCGGGGUCAGCGCCCCGGCGCGCGCACGCGCACCCCCGCCACCCGAGCGCGCUCCGCGCCGCCCGCGCAGUCGGUCGGUCGGCCGUCUGUCGUCCUGUCGCCGCCGCCGCCGCCGCCGCCGCCGCCGCGGGCGCCACCUGAGGGAGCCGUCGCCGCGGGACCUGAGCGGACCGGACCGGACCCCGCCUCCCGAGGCCGCCCGGGGCCCAGCAGCCACCCGCGGAGGCGCCGAGCAACUUCGGUUGGUCAGCACGUUGACACAAGUUGCCUUUUGACGUAGCUGCCGCCAUGGCCAGCUGGUAGGACCAGCAUCCCAUGCCCAGAAGCCAGUUCAGAAUGACUGAAGAAGCAUGCCGAACACGGAGUCAGAAACGAGCGCUUGAACGGGACCCAGCAGAGGAUGAUGUGGAAAGCAAGAAAAUAAAAAUGGAGAGAGGAUUGUUGUCUUCAGAUUUAAACACUGACGGAGACAUGAGAGUGACGCCUGAGCCAGGAGCAGGCCCAGCCCAAGGGUUGCUGAGGGGGGCAGAGGUGACAGCCAUGGGCAGAUGUGAAGGGCAGGCGGGCGACGGGCCCGUGGACAUGCGUACCUCAUACAGUGACAUGAAGUCUGAGAGGAGAGCCCCCUCUCCUGAUGUGAUCGUGCUCUCCGACAAUGAGCAGCCCGCAAGCCCAAGGGUGAACGGGCUGACGAAGGAGGCCUUGAAGGAGACCAGUACUGAGGCCCUCAUGAAAAGCAGUCCUGAAGAACGAGAAAGGAUGAUUAAGCAACUGAAAGAAGAGUUAAGAUUAGAAGAAGCAAAACUUGUUUUAUUAAAAAAGUUGCGGCAGAGUCAAAUACAAAAGGAAACCACCACCCAGAAGCCCACAGGCUCUGCUGGGAGUGCCGUGACCACCCCUCCCCCGCUUGUGCGGGGCACCCAGAACAUUCCUUCUGGCAAGCCAUCCCUUCAGACCUCUUCGACAAGAAUGCCUGGCAGUGUCAUCCCACCACCCCUGGUCCGCGGCGGACAGCAGGUGUCCUCCAAGCUGGGGCCACAGGCGAGCUCACAGGUCGUCAUGCCCCCACUCGUCAGGGGGGCUCAGCAAAUCCACAACAUCAGACAACAUUCCAGCACGGGGCCGCCACCGCUCCUCCUGGCCCCUCGGGCCUCUGUGCCCAGUGUGCAAAUUCAGGGACAGAGGAUCAUCCAGCAGGGCCUCAUCCGUGUCGCCAAUGUCCCCAACACCAGUCUGCUCGUCAACAUCCCACAGCCUUCCCCAGCAUCGCUGAAAGGGACAACAGUCACCUCUGCUCAGGCGAACUCCACCCCCACCAGCGUGGCCUCUGUGGUCACCUCUGCGGAUUCUCCAGCCAGUCGUCAGGCAGCUGCCAAGCUUGCGCUGCGCAAACAGCUGGAGAAGACGCUGCUUGAAAUCCCCCCUCCCAAGCCCCCUGCCCCAGAGAUGAACUUCCUGCCCAGCGCUGCCAAUAACGAAUUCAUCUACUUGGUCGGCCUGGAGGAAGUGGUGCAGAACCUGCUGGAGACGCAAGCAGGCAGGAUGUCAGCCGCUGUUGUUCUGUCCCGGGAGCCCUACAUGUGUGCGCAGUGCAAGACGGACUUCACGUGCCGCUGGCGGGAGGAGAAGGGUGGUGCCAUUAUGUGUGAGAACUGCAUGGCAUCCAACCAGAAGAAGGCACUCAAGGUAGAGCACACGAGCCGGCUGAAGGCUGCCUUUGUGAAGGCGCUGCAGCAGGAGCAGGAGAUCGAGCAGCGCCUCCUACAGCAGGGUGCCGCCCCCGCACAGGCCAAGGCUGAGCCUGCCACCGCCCCACACCCCGCACUAAAGCAGGUCAUAAAACCCCGGCGUAAGUUGGCGUUCCGCUCAGGAGAGGCCCGCGACUGGAGUAACGGGGCUGUGCUACAGGCCUCCAGCCAGCUGUCCCGGGGCUCGGCCACAACGCCUCGAGGUGUCCUGCACACAUUCAGCCAGUCACCCAAACUGCAGAAUGCAGCCUCGGCCACAGCCCUUGUCAGCAGGACCGGCAGACAUUCCGAGAGAGCUGUGAGCACCGGCAAGGGCAAUGCCACCACCAACUGGAAGAAGGCACCCCUGAGUACAGGUGGGGCCCUUGCGUUUGUCAGCCCGAGCUUGGCAGUGCACAAGACCUCCUCAGCUGUGGACCGCCAGCGGGAGUACCUCCUGGACAUGAUCCCGCCACGCUCCAUCCCCCAGUCAGCCACGUGGAAAUAGUGCGAGCCGGGCCCGGUGGAGAACAGGCUCCCUCCUCCCUCCCACCUGGCCCUGCCACCCUCCACUCGGGAAGACAUCAUGCUCCCCGAGAGAAUGAGUGAGCGAGCGCCGGCCAUGCUGCAGAAGCAAGGGCUCCAUUCUUGGCUGCAAAGUCUCGUCGCAGCUGAGGGGCUGCUUCACAGGUGGACGAGGAAUAUCACUGGGGGACCUUUCCCUUGGGCUUUUUUCCUUUCUUUGCCUUUAGUUUGCCCAACACCAGCAGAAAAGUGGACCUCGGGGGCUGGUUCUGCUUCCAGCCCUUCCUUUCAGCCCCCCUCUCCCCCCAAUCCCCCCAAGCCCGGCAGGGUGCAUGGACGGCUCACCCUGGACACUGUGACACGCUCGGCGAGACCGGCGCCCGGGGCUUCUGAAGUCGAGCGGAGCGUUCUGUUUUGUUUUUGCUUCUCCCCAUCUUAGCCCUCCAAGUCUUUGACUGCCUUUCUUCAUGGCAAUCUCUAGGUUGACAGAUUUUUUUUUUUUUUUUAAUCACCUCAUGAUGAUGGAGUUUAAAGUAAACCGUGCAGACCCAGGGGUCCCUGCCGAGCACGGCCCCCACACCCCAGAGGGUGGGCCACUGACUGCCCAGCUCUCAGUCUAGCAGAAGGCCUCUGCUGCUGCUCAUCCUGGAGACCCCGGACCUCCCACACUUAGCAGAAGAACAAACUGCAACCCUGACCCAGACAGAGAGCCUGGAAUCCCGGAAGCCGCGUACCGCCAGUGGAGGGAGGAGAGAAUUGGCAGCAACAUCUGGAGCCUGAGUGGGAAAUUAGAGGGGCAGGCUAUUGUGUUUUUUGUUGUUGUUGUGGUUUUAUUUUAUUAAAUUUUUCUUUUCCUACUUAUUUUGAUGGACAACAUCCUAAGGUACCCUGGCCUAUGCUCCUGUCAGGUGUGUCUGGUGGGGAGGUGCCCCUGCCCCUCCAAGACGUCAGGGUUUCUGUUUGGGUCUAGUUUAGAACCUUUCCUUAAAGCGGGGCCAUGCUGCCAGGGUUCGCCUUCAGACUUUUUUUUUUUUUUUUUUAAACCCUCUUUCGAGUCUACAGAAAUGUCUUUCAAAGGAUCAGGUCUGCUCUUAGUUUCAUUUUGGUUUCUCCCACUCUUUAAAAAUCAGUUCCAUGAGGAUAGACAGAAGCCGUCGUGAGUGUGCUGUGCACAGGGCUGUCUCUGUGCAGGUGCAAGGGUGUCCUGUGUGCAUGCACACACGUGUGUCGAUGUGGAGAUGGGGUACACUGCUCCCCACUUCAGCCCCAGCCCUAGUUUUCCUAUCCAUGCAGUUAGGGACUUAAUUUAAAAUCCUUAUUUUGUAGGGCCGCCGCCUUCAAAACACACUGCUACAACAUUCUAAUAAAGGCUCAUUUAACCCCCUCUCUCAUGUUGUGUGAAUAUCCAUGUUUAGCAACAUUUUGACCUGCGGUAGAAGACUUAGUUUUGCAACAUUCUAAUUUUUUGUUGUGUAAAACCCUAUAUUGCUCAUUGAUUUUUGUUUUGAGUGCAUAACUUACAUGGGCUGAAGGAGGGGAGGGUGGGGAAGAGUGGCUUUCAUUCCAAGAUCCAGGGAUUUGGGGGAUAGGAGGGAUAUUGACAUUAGGGGGGGAGGUGUUUUUACACCAAAAAAUUAAGAGUAUGCAAGCAUUUCUAUUCCUCACAUUUUUCUGUGUGCCUGGCAAAUAAAUACUUGUCUUAUACUACCCUGAGCUGUUAGCCCUCUCUGUUCAAUGACAUGGGCCAGGUUUUCCAAAUCCUUCAAGGAGCACCUGGUCUGGCCUCUUUCAUGGGCAAACAGACCUCAGUUCUAUGCAGUAACUUGGGAUCAGGCAUCCAGGCGAGAGUCACCUCUGCACUGGAGGGGUGUGCCAGGAUUGUCACACCCCAGCUGGAGUUGAAAGGGUCUGUGACUCAAGGGCCUGAGUUGAGCUGUGCUGCACAGGUUGGGCUUCAACCCCAGCCCAUUAGAACCUCGCUCAUCACUGUGCUCAGGAACCACCUCUGCUCACCUUGCCUGGCUGGACUUCUACCAGCCUCUGAGCUAUUAAGGGAGCCUCAUGAAUUCAGUACAAAUCCGACCACCACUGGUGGAGGAUAGGGCUACAAGCCCUGGCUCUGCCUCCUCCAGCCCAGGGUCCCUGGGAAUAAUCCCAUCAGGGGCCACUUACUGUGACAUGUAACUUUUUAUUAAAGGAGACAAGAACGUGAGAUGCCUUAAUCUUUUGUUCAUUUCUACUGUAUCAAAACUCCUACUCCCCCCCCCCCCACUUUUUUUUUUAGUUUCUCCCUUUGUGGUAUAACUUCUCUGAUAAGACCCAAAUAAGUUCUUUGAUGAGACUUACGAUGUUACAGGAAAGGCAUAUUAAAUCUCUCUGCAUGUGGGGUUUGGACAUACUCAGAAAGGAUAUUAAUGUUAAGGGUGUUUUCCCAGCAGCAAAGCUCAUCCCUCAAAAUUGGCCACAGUGCUGGGGUUCUGGUCUCUCCCUGACCCCUGGGGCCUCAGACCAAGAGGACCUGGUUCCUAGGAGCAGUGAGAAUUUGGGAGCCCUCAGUCCCAAAUGAUAAAGGUCCAGAGUUAUCUGUGACAUGAACUCCCAAUGGCAACUGGGAAACUGUUCAAGAUGCUGGGCACCUCUGGAAGGGUGAAGGUUUGCAUAUUUGAAAUGGCCAUAUGUGUAUACAUGCAUGUGCACAUAGAUACCUGUGUGUCCACUUGGAGCCACCCAUUGCUCUGGCCAUCCUGCCCAUGUCAUGGGGCCCUGGUUCCCAGUAUCCCAACCGUGAUGUUGGGACCCACACCUUUGACAAGGCCGACAGUUGCCCUCCUUCCAGGGGUAGCCUCUGGUCCUGUCUGUACCCUGAGACCUUCAUGAAGCAAGGCUUGGACCCAGCGCAGAGGGAAUGAAAGGCAACUGAGUACAGCCCUGCUGUGUUGUGGCUCCUGUGUCCUACAUGUCAUUUUCCUGUGGACAGUCAUGGGGAGGGAUUUUCUAUAUAAUUUAAACAUUCUCGUCACAGGGGUGUAGAUCAUGAAAAAGACAGUUGUUGCUGCUCCACCAUAGGGUUUUUAUUUGAUGCUGAGCUAUGCUGCACAUGAUGGUUGCCUAAAAAAUUCGGACUGAGCUUUUUUUUUAAAGGACAGCUGAAGUUUUAUAAUACUUAACAAUGAAAGUGUAAUAGACAGUUACACUAGUGCAGGGUAUUUGGAAAGUGGGGUUUUGGGGGGUGGGUAGAGAGGUUGUCACUUGUAUUUAUUGUGACUCUAAAUCUUUGAUAAUAAAUGUAAAAAGUUGACCACCAAACCGGAAUAGAAGUUCCAAUGAACACAGGCUGGAAUCAAUGGCUAUACAUUGUGUCAUGAGGAAGUCUUAGAAUCUGAAGGAAAAUAAAGAAAUGGACAAUG